UGCCGAUCCCGCCCCUUCCCGAGAGCCUCACUUCCGGCACACUCCCGUUUCUCUUCCUGUUGCCCCCGCCUCUUUUUCCUUCCCGCCGUGCCCCGCGGCCUGGCCGGGGCAGCCGGGAAGCGGGUAGAGCGGUGUUACCCAGCAGCUCCUGGGGCAUCGCUCGGGUACCCUCCACGCCGUCGCAGCCACUGUUGUGGUCGCCGGUCAGCCGAGGGACCGCGAUACUGGUUGCCCGCGUUGUGAGCAGAAUUCAACGUGUAUCGCUGCCGCGAAGAUGGAGGGGCCUUUGUCCGUGUUCGGUGACCGCAGCACUGGGGAAGCGAUCCGCUCCCAGAACGUUAUGGCUGCAGCUUCGAUUGCCAAUAUUGUAAAAAGUUCUCUUGGUCCUGUUGGCUUGGAUAAAAUGCUGGUGGAUGAUAUCGGUGAUGUGACCAUUACUAACGAUGGUGCAACCAUCCUCAAGUUACUGGAAGUUGAACAUCCUGCAGCUAAAGUUCUUUGUGAGCUGGCUGAUCUGCAAGACAAAGAAGUUGGAGAUGGAACUACAUCAGUGGUUAUUAUUGCCGCAGAACUCCUAAAAAAUGCAGAUGAAUUAGUCAAACAGAAAAUUCAUCCCACAUCAGUUAUUAGUGGCUAUCGACUUGCUUGCAAGGAAGCAGUGCGUUAUAUCAAUGAAAACCUAAUUGUUAACACAGAUGAACUGGGAAGAGAUUGCCUGAUUAAUGCUGCUAAGACAUCCAUGUCUUCCAAAAUCAUUGGAAUAAAUGGUGAUUUCUUUGCUAACAUGGUGGUAGAUGCUGUACUUGCUAUUAAAUACACAGACACAAGAGGCCAGCCACGCUAUCCAGUCAAUUCUGUUAAUAUUUUGAAAGCCCAUGGGAGAAGUCAAACGGAGAGUAUGCUCAUCAGUGGCUAUGCACUCAACUGUGUGGUGGGAUCCCAGGGCAUGCCCAAGAGAAUCGUAAAUGCAAAAAUUGCUUGCCUUGACUUUAGCCUGCAAAAAACAAAAAUGAAGCUUGGUGUACAGGUGGUCAUUACAGACCCUGAAAAACUGGACCAAAUUAGACAGAGAGAAUCAGAUAUUACCAAGGAGAGAAUUCAGAAGAUCCUGGCGACUGGUGCCAAUGUUAUUCUAACCACUGGUGGAAUUGAUGAUAUGUGUCUGAAGUAUUUUGUGGAGGCUGGUGCUAUGGCAGUUAGAAGAGUUUUAAAAAGGGACCUUAAACGCAUUGCGAAAGCUUCUGGAGCAACUAUUCUGUCAACCCUGGCCAAUUUGGAAGGUGAAGAAACUUUUGAAGCUGCAAUGUUGGGACAGGCAGAAGAAGUGGUACAGGAGAGAAUUUGUGAUGAUGAGCUGAUCUUAAUCAAAAACACUAAGGCUCGUACAUCUGCAUCGAUUAUCUUACGUGGGGCAAAUGAUUUCAUGUGUGAUGAGAUGGAGCGCUCUUUACAUGAUGCACUUUGUGUAGUGAAGAGAGUUUUGGAGUCAAAAUCCGUGGUUCCCGGUGGAGGUGCUGUAGAAGCAGCCCUUUCCAUAUACCUUGAAAACUAUGCAACCAGCAUGGGGUCUCGGGAACAGCUUGCUAUUGCAGAGUUUGCAAGAUCACUUCUUGUUAUUCCCAAUACACUAGCAGUUAAUGCUGCCCAGGACUCCACAGAUCUGGUUGCAAAAUUAAGAGCUUUUCAUAAUGAGGCUCAGGUUAACCCAGAACGUAAAAAUCUAAAAUGGAUUGGUCUUGAUUUGAGCAAUGGUAAACCUCGAGACAACAAACAAGCAGGGGUGUUUGAACCAACCAUAGUUAAAGUUAAGAGUUUGAAAUUUGCAACAGAAGCUGCAAUUACCAUUCUUCGAAUUGAUGAUCUUAUUAAAUUACAUCCAGAAAGUAAAGAUGAUAAACAUGGAAGUUAUGAAGAUGCUGUUCACUCUGGAGCCCUUAAUGAUUGAUCUGAUGUCUCUUUUAUUUAUAACAAUGUUAAAUGCAAUUGUCUUGUACCUUGACUUAAGUAUUACACAUUAAAGUACAACAAGCUGUAAACUUGGGUUUUUGUCAUAUAGGAAAUGGUUUCCAUCUGUGUUUUGGUCCUUUGAUUUCACAUAUAACAACCUAGUACUUUAUUAGUUUAAAAAGAAAUUGAGGUGGUUCAAAGUUUAAGCAAUUCAUCCUCUCUGAACACACAUUGCUAUUCCCAUCCCACCCCCAAUGCACAGGGCCGCAACACCACGAAUUCCGCCUGUUCUCUCCAGUGUGUGUAACAGGGUCACAAGAAUUCGACAGCCAGAUGCUCCAAGAGGGUGGCCCAAGGCUAUAGCCCCUCCUUCAAUGUUGACCUAAGGGGGAGAAAAGAUUUAGAUUGUUUAUUCUUCCGUGGGCACAGUUUAAAAUCCUAAACUUGUCUUUUUCCUCUUAAUGUAUCAGCAUGCUACCCUUUCAAACUCAAAUUUUCAUUUUAACUGUUUAGGAAUAAAUUUACACCUUUGUGAAAAUUCA